AUGAUUUCAAAGAGAAAACAGCAGCAUCAACCAGAACGAUACGUCGGGCCAUCUGCCUACGAUCCGUCAAGAGACCUGUCGCCGAAUCUUCCCGUCGACAACAAAUCAUCCAUGGGAGAAGUCGUCGAACAAUACACGGCUAAUAGUUUAAAUCCGAAUAAUAACAGUUGCGGGAGUGGUGGCGGUGGCGGUGGCGUCGUCGACAUCGGCAGUGGCAGUAGCAAUAAUAACAACAAUUCCUGCAGUGUUUUAUCGUGUAACUUUCGUCACGUCGGUCCCACGACGUCAAAUUUCGAUUUAACUCACGCGACGGAGUGUUUAAAUUAUGCCGGUAGUAAAAAUUCAUCAUUCGCCAUCGCCACUACCACCACUACUACGCGUUUCGAUCAAAAAAUUAUUCAUUAUCCUACGAGAACAACUUGUUCACCGCCUUCCAUGAUCUCUCAAUUUGACGUCGUUCCUAAAAUAAAUAACAAUUCGAGUGCGGGAAACAAACAAAAAACUCCAUCCCCGGGUUGUUACACAUCGUUUAAAUCCCCAUCUCCGAAUUGUUUUAAUAAAUUGAAAAAACCAUCGUCUCCGAAUUCUUGCGCAUUUAAUACGAACGUGUUAGUUGUAGACGAAUUAAAACCUAAUUUCGAAUACGUGAAAUUUAAAAACAAUAACAACAACAACAACACGACAAACGCGAAUAAUAAUAAUAUCGCCGGUGUGUGUCAUAGUGAUUAUCAAAAUUUUCAACCGAAAUUAGAAAAAUUACCCACGCCUACGACUCCUCCGACUCCUCUUUCAUCUUCAGGAGCCGCCGCUCCCCCCACCACCACCAUCACCGAAGAACCUGGAAUCGUAGAUUGUGCCGGAUGCGGAAGAAAAAUAUCCGACAGGUUUUAUUUAUCCGCCGUUGAUAGAAAAUGGCACGCAACGUGUUUGCAAUGUUGCCAAUGUCGCAUCGCUUUAGAUGGAGAAAUAACGUGUUUCACUCGCCACGGAAAUAUUUAUUGCAAAAAAGACUAUUACAGGUAA